GUAAAUCACGCUAAUUACUAUGUAUAACUGAUGGAGUCAUUGCACACAAUUUAAUUGUAAUAAUAUGGUCUAUAUUCACAGCACAUAUAAUCUAUUUAUUUGUAAUAAUAUUAUUUGCAUCAUUGCUUACGUUUGGUUUCUACGUAGUAGUACAACCCAAUUGUUUCAUCACCACCCAUAUUGACCUCAUGUGACCACACUCACACUAUAUAUAUGUGUGUCUGUAUCUGACUUUUUCUUAUCGAGCACAACAUAAUUGAAUACACACACACAACACAACACAACACUUGUAGGUUUUUGUAGUACAACAACAACAAUAUUAAUGGCAGAACAAAGGCCGCCGAGUAGUAAUGUCGGCGUUGAAUCGACCGUAGCAUCAUCGAAAGUGAUGCCGAUUUGUGAGGAGAGAUUAACCAAUAGCAAACUUGAAGAAGAUCAAGUGAUUAUUAUUAGCAUCUCAGAUCACAUGAUGACUUCAUCUUUGGAGGGCGACGGCGAUGGAUAUUCCGGCGAGCAUCAUGAUAACCCACCACAAGACAGUUGGCUUCCAAUUACGGAAUCGAGAAAGGGAAGCAGUUUCACGGCCGCAUUUCAUCUGAUGUGUUCUGGGAUCGGAAUUCAAGCGCUUCUUCUUCCCUUAGCAUUCGUUUCACUUGGAUGGUUUUGGGGCAUUAUUUGCUUGACUGUGGCAUAUUCAUGGCAGCUCUACACCAUAUGGCUUCUUGUUAAUCUUCACGAACCAUCUCCACAAUCUGGAAUUCGUUACAGUAGAUAUCUUCAUCUCUCAAUUGUCGCCUUCGGUGAAAAACUGGGGAAAUUGGUAGCCAUAUUCCCAACACUGUACCUAUCAAGCGGCACGUGCGUUAUUUACAUAAUCACUGGAGGCACCACCAUGGAACUCUUGUUCCAAUCAAUCUGCGAAAACAAUCUCGAAUGCAAGUCAAAGGCAUUGACCGGAGCUGAAUGGUGUUUGGUCUUCAUUUGCUUAGCCAUUCUCAUAUCUCAAUUCUUCCCUAAUCUCGACUCAUUAACCUCUGUUUCGAUUAUUGGGUCCGUAACUGCACUCUCCUAUUGUGCCCUCUUAUGUGUCCUAUCCAUCAUCAAAGGCAAGCCCGACGAUUUAGUGGAUGAUGUCAUCAUAUUAAACAACGAUGCUACUUCUAAAAUCCGGAAUGUGUUGAAUGGCUUAGGGAUAAUUGCUCUUGCUUUUAGAGGACACAAUCUCGUUUUGGAGAUACAGGGAACAAUACCCACAAACCUUAAACAACCAUCGCGUAAAUCUAUGUGGAGGGGAGUAACAAUUUCGUAUCUAGUCAUUGCUAUGACUGUGUAUCCACUUGCAAUAGUUGGAUAUUGGGCUUAUGGUAAUAAGAUGCCUGUAAAAGGGGGAAUUCUUAGUGCAUUCACAAAGUUCAACCAGAGCAGUACAUCAAAGUACAUCAUUGGCUCCAUUUACAUCCUAAUCAUAGUCAACUAUCUCUGCACUUUCCAAAUCUAUGCAAUGCCAGCGUUCGACAACUUUGAGCGCAUCUACACGACGAAGAAAAACAAGCCGUGCACGAGAUUGGUUCGCUCGAUUAUCAAAGUCUUGUUUGGUGGAGUGACGUAUUUUGUGGCAGUAGCUAUCCCGUUCUUGCCUAGUUUGGGUGCAUUCGUAGGCUCGUUGGCUCUGCCUCUAACUCUGGCGUAUCCAUGUCUGAUGUGGAUUUGCAUCAAGAAACCGAAGCAGUUUAGCAGAAUGUGGGCUAUCAAUAUGGGACUCGGAUAUUCAGGCAUUUUGUUGAGCACGUUGUGCGCAGGUGCGGGUUUGUGGAGUUUGAUAGUCAAUGGCUUAGAAGCUAACUUCUUCAAGCCCAAAUAAUUGAACAAUCCCGAAAAAUAAUUGUACAGAGUAAUAAUCGACUAUCCAAGACUUAACCAGUCAAAAUAUAUUUUCACUAAUUUCUCCAAAA